UGAGUUUUCAUAGUGCCGUGUCGGGUGUCGACAUAAAUAGGUAACCAUCUUCUCUCUUCUUUCGACUUGGCUUGUUCUCUCACCACAAAACAUCGAUAUUCAUCACAGCCACGAUGUUCUCCACCUCACUCGCUGCCAUCUUUGCGCUUAUUUCUGUCCAGCAAGCUCUGGCACAAUCCUGCUCCAACUACACGUCCACCAACCCUCACGGCGGUGGCAUCUACACAUCGACAAGUAGCCGUACCUACGUCAUCAGCCAAGGUGUCGACUGCAAUUCUACGCAAGGCUGCGUCGUCCCAUGGGGCGGUUAUCUGACCGAAGGUCGUACCGUAAACGUUUCCGAUCAGUCCUCAUGGGACUCGAUUUUCAAGACCAUCUCCUCAGUCGUCGACAUUGACUUUGCGGAAUCCAAAACCUAUCAGAUUGCCGCUAACGGCUCGACAUCGACCAUUCCCAAUGGCACAGCAGGCUAUGUCGGCUUCACGCCCUUCCUCCUUUGCACCACUGGAAGACUGUCUGGCUGCGGGAGUAGCAACCUAGAGGAUGUAACUGUGAUGGCGUGUACACCAAAGCUUUUGUCUAGCGGCAUGCCGGAUGGAACGAUUGGUCAGGUCACUACCGAUGCCCAGAGUGCUGCGGCACUGACUUGCAAUCCGUCCAACACAACACAGGCGAGGAAUGGAAACUAUACUGGCGGUUGCUCAUCUACGGAAGACCAAACUGGUGCUGCUAGUUCGGUGAGCGGUGCUUCUCUUCUACUCCUGUCCAGUGCUCUUCUUGUGACUUUCAUGGGGCUCUAGAGUAGUUGCUGAUCCUCCUAUACGAUAACAUUGUAUCAACAUCUCAUCAUACAUCACUCCUGCAAGACUCGAUUGCUUCACUCUCCAGAUGUCUCUCAUAUAUACGUGCCCAGACUCACAGACCCAAAAUUCUCUG